AUGCCUGCCGUUGAAGAAUACGAUGAUCCAGCCUGGCCCCCAGGCACGGUUCGGCUCGAAGAGGAGGAUCGGUCAAAUGAGAUCAUCCUGCAGCCGCAGCCGUCGCGAGACCCUAAUGACCCACUUAAUUGGUCCAAACCGCGCAAGUAUGCCAACUUUGGCCUUGCCGCCUUCUACGCCUUGAUGGUGUUUGCGCUAAUCGAUGUCGCUACACCGACUUGGGGCCCCAUGCACGAAGAGCUGGGCUUUAGCUACAAUGCCUUGAACAACAGCUACGCCGCUGGUUGUGGCGCCCUCGCCGUCGGAGCUUGUGUCCUUAUCCCGUUUGCCCUCAAGUACGGCCGACGUCCCGUGUACAUCUUCAGCACAGCCAUCCAGAUGGGCGUGUCAAUAUGGUCCGCCCGCCAGCAGAACGUGGUGGACCUGAUGAUGGUCAACAUCAUCAGCUGCUUCGUAGGCGCCCUAGCUGAGGUGGUGGUGCAGAUGACGGUUGCAGAUGUCUUUUUCGUCAACCAGCGCGGAACCAUGAACAGUUUAUACUUCUGGUCGACUAGGAUUGGUGCCUCGCUGGCCCCGACGGCGGCAGGAUAUGCUACCGUCUCGCAGGGCUGGCGUUGGGUCUGGUGGUGGGUUGCCAUCUUCUUCGGGCUUCUCCUAGUGGCCAUGAUCUUUGGCUACGAGGAGACUAAGUUUGUCCCUCCCGCGAUCGACGGCGUCAAUGUCGCCCACGAGUUCCAUCCUGCUAAGGACAACUCGAAAGACCCCGAGCUGGCUCAUACCACAACGCCGGCUGAGGGCAGCCCCAAGCUGACUGUCGCUUCUAUCGACCCUGCCAUUCCUAGGAAGACAUACAAGCAGCGUCUUGCACUCACCACUUCAUCGCCAGGUUCUCUUGGUUCCUUCUUCCGGCACUGUUACCAACCGUUCCAGAUCCUCUUCUCGGUUCCGGGUGUCUUCUACAUGUCCCUGGUCUACGGUGGAAUGAUGGUUGCAUCCAACGUCAUUAGCACAACUGUCUCCAACUGGAUGAUCCGGGCGCCGUACAACUUUGAUGCGGAUCAGAUUGGACUGAUGAGCCUGGCUCCAUUCACAGGAUCGACUCUGGGGACACUCAUCUGCGGCCCUCUGAGCGACUGGCUGAUUCUGUUCCUCUCCAAGCGAAACAAGGGCAUUUAUGAGCCCGAAAUGCGACUCUGGGUGAUGUUGGCCUUUGCGCCAUUUGUGCCUGUUGGCAUGAUCCUGUUCGGUGUUGGGCUCAACAGCGGCUGGCCGUGGCCUAUUCUAGCUAUCGGCUAUGGCAUGUGCAGCUUCGGCACCGCACCGGCUGGUACCAUUGCCUUGACUUACAUGACAGAUGCCUAUACCGAGAUCAUCGGAGACGCCAUGGUCAGCGUUACUUUCACCCGCAACGUGUGCUCCACUAUGUUCAUCUUUGCGCUCCCGCCGUGGAUCGCGGCUGUUGGGCUGCAGAAUGUUUACAUCACUAUGGGAGUUCUGAUCACUGCCAUCCUAUUUGGCAGCGGGCUUUUUAUCGCCUUUGGCAAGCGGUUUCGUUUCAAGUUCCGCAAGACCUAUCGCUACUUUUCCGCGAGGCAGUUUGAACCGCGACUUAUGUAG